AUGUCUGAAUCUUUAGAUUCCGAAUCUGCAGGAAGCGACACCAGGCAACGGAAUAGAUGGCAGAAGAUUAUAAACGAAAGGACUGUCAUUAUAGCUUCUUGCGUCAUUAUCCUCGUUGCCAUAGCAAUCGCAGUUCCGGUAAUUGUGACAACCAUAAAGUCAUCCUCUGCCAACAAAGGAGUGCAAGUGGAUGUUAUCGGCAGUGAUCAGCCGUUGAAUAAUGGAGAGUCGGAAAAGCCUACUCGACCCAAAGCCUUAGACAGCAAGACAAAGCAAGAGCCUCGAGAGGAGAAGGUAGAGCAAACGAAAAAGUCACCAGAGAAGAAAGAUGAUCAAAUAAAAAAGCCACUAGAUGAUAAAAGGAAUCAAUCACUAGAGAAUACAGAUGAAAUAAAACCCACAGAGUUACAACAAGACCAAAAGAGUAAAAUACAAACACCGCAACAAAAGGAAGAGAUUGACAAAAUGAUCAAAAAGAUGGUAUUGGAGCUUGCAAAGUACCGAAUAAACGUUUUGGACCAGGAGACAUUUACCUCAUGCAUGAGGAUAACCCAAAACUGCUCCUGCAUAUACAAGACGACAAAAAAGAUUGCCUUUGUCACAAAGGAUGAACUCUCUGCACUGUAUGACAUUAUAGGUUUCCUGGGCGAUGACAUGAACGUGGAAUUCGAGGUCGAUCUGCUACUCAAAUUCAAGAGGUAUAAUCUGGAAUAUGAGAGGUACCCUUGUAACUUUGUCGACCUAAAGAGGAUUUACUACACAUUCCGCAAGGACGCCAUUUUCAUUGAGACUCACAAUAGGAAUCCGGACAGACUAUACAACAUGGGUUAUAACCAGCGUACCGGCAUGAGGGUCAACUAUACUCCAGAGGUAAAUGUUGGCUACGGAGACCUUUUUAAAAAUCCAAAAACUGACAUUGGAAGCGGCGUGUAUAACCUCAAGGGAAGCUUCCGCCAGAGCCUCCACCAAAAGUAUACACCACUGCCGUUUGACAGAACGGAAAUUGCCAAGGCACCAAAACCGACAUUUAGCUGGCAAGAUAAAAACUACGUUGGUCCAGUGGCAAACCAGGACAGUUGUGGCAUCUGUUGGGGAAUGUCAUCAAUCGCUACACUCGAGACAUUCAUGGCGAUAAAAAGGCAAAGAUUCGAGUCGUUUAGCGUACAGCAACUCUUGGACUGCGCGUAUCAGUAUAACAGCUGUUCAGGAGGAUUUAUGGGACCCACAGGAUUGUACAUUAGGACGCAUAAAAUGUGCACAGCGGCCGAGUAUCCAUUCACUGGCAAAAAAGGUGCAUGCGAUGAUCAAAAGUGCAAGAUAGAGACAGGGAUCAAGGAGAGUAGAUUUAUUGACUAUAAAGGUGCCAAGGACUUUUUACAAAACCAUGGAGCCCUUUCCACAUCUGUGACUCUCUCCAAAGAGCUCACUCACUACGAAUCCGGAAUUUUCAAUACGGAAUGUACAAAUGGUGUACGACAUGCAAUGACCGUAGUAGGAUAUGGAACGGAUAGUGCCAGAAAUGUCAAUUAUUGGAUCGUAAAGAACUCCUGGGGAACAGAAUGGGGAGAAGGCGGUUUCAUUAGGAUACUCGAUAAACCCAUAGAUGGUCCAGAUGGUACACAGGUUUCCUUUUGCGGAAUUACUGAAGGGGCUCGCGGGUUUAUGUAA